AAUACACACAGCCAAACAAAACCACUAGAACCAUGAUGUUCUUGCGCUUGUCAAUUUUGGCCCUCCUGGCAGCGUCGGUUUUUGCCUUCGUGCCCCCCGCUCCUCGUGUCAUACGGUCUGCCUCCCAGGUCGUCUUUGCUGAGGCGGAGAAGAAUUUCAUCACGGAGGCGGACAAUUGCUUGAACGGGGAAUGCUCCAUCGACGACGUGAACGAUCUCCUCAUUCAGCUUCGAGUGGAAAUCAAGAGCCUGAAAACCAAAUUGGCCGAGGUAGAAGCUUGCGAGCAGCAGCUUACGCAAAUGAACGGUGCCCCACUGGCGAAGGACGCCGUCAGGGACAUCAUCAAGGCGGUCCUUCGCGCCAUGGACGUGGAUCCCGAGGACUCCAGCUUCCCCCAGAUUGUGCGUGCGGCCGGAUUCGCGGGAGAGAAGUUCAAAAAGAAGGGCUCUUUCGAUGGCGUCCCUUACAAGAAGGCCUGAGCGACGCGGGCCCGGGCGCGCGGGAUCUGAAGCGUGAAAAAGGCAGAGGAAAGGAAAAAUGAAGGAUGGAAAGGAGGAAGAAGAGGAGCGGGGAGAGGGGAGGCGGAUGGACGGCCUGUCCUGACACUUUCCAUCCAUGCAAACGCCUUUUUGAUGCAUCGGGUCAUCGAGUCAUUCCCGUGCCUGACGGUCACUCGCACGCCACAUGUCGGUGGAGAGUGCUGCGACAGAUUCAGCGGCAUCCUCCUUCUUUUUGUGCGGUGUAGGGAGAAACGAAAUGAUGGAGGCUUGUCUGUUUUAAUGAAAGAAAUAAAAAAGAAGUAUGUGCGA